GGUCUACUUACGCUAAGUAGCCACUGCACGCAUAUUGAGAGGGAACGGACACAAAAGCUUUGCACGCAUGGCGACUGUACCAUCUUCGUCAGAGGUACCUCCUCUUGCAAAGUACCUCGCGUCCACAGACAAGAAGACAAGAGACAAGGCCAUCAAGCAAUUGGCCGUCGUUCUGUCAGACCCCUCACAGGUCACACUACCUCAUUCCGAUAUGUCAAAGCUCUGGAAGGGGAUUUUCUACUGUUUCUGGAUGUCUGACAAGCCGCUCGUUCAACAAGCGUUGGCGAGCGAACUCGCAGAGAUUCUUCUAGAAAUUCCAUCAACGUCAAUGACGUUUGACUUCCUUCAGGGAUUCUGGGAAGCUACGGUCCGCGAGUGGAGUGGUAUCGACCGCUUACGGAUCGAUAAAUACUACAUGCUCGUUCGGAGAUUCGUCAAUGCAUCAUUUAGGCUCCUCAUGCGGAUGGAUUGGGAACCGUCGUCUUGCGAACGAUACAAUUCUAUCCUCGCACAGCGCGGCGGGCCACUAUGCUCAGACGACAUCCGUGUACCGACCAGUCUUGCAUAUCACUUGGCGGAUAUCUAUCUCGAAGAGCUAGACAGAGCACUCGGAAUUUCUCCGGAACCUUCUCCGUCGCCCGCACCGCUAUCAACGCUGCUCAACCCCUUCUUCAUCCUGGCAGCCAGGACACCCACAAAAAUCACCUACGACCGCAUACAAUCCGUUUUAUUCGAGCCGCUGUUCACAGCAUUGACACCCAAGCCCGAUGACCAGCCACCCAGCCGCAAGAAACCGCGUUUGUCUACACCGACGUACUCGAACCUCAUUGCAAACGCAUGUUUGUCCGAUCCAAAAGCUGAAGGCGCGGUAGAGAGCGAAAAGCUCCGGAAAGCACUGCUGAGACGCAUUUUCGACGUGGCCAGUGGAGAGGACACGCGGGAUGCGAACCGACGGAAGAUGUAUAACUUGUGGAAGAGUCAUAUGGAGGACGAGGAUUCAAGUGGGCAGACAGCCGUAGAUGCUAGCUAGGGGUCCUCAGCAACUCUUGUCCUUAUCCUUACCGGAUAUUCCUCGAUCGUGCUGCCUGACCGGCUACGUAGAGAGCGGCUCAAUCA